AUGGGCAACAAAACCUCAAAAUCCGAUGAGACCUAUAAUCCUUAUGACCCAGAAUUUUCGGCGUCAUCAUUUAACCAGCACCCUCCCAGUACUAUGUCUACUGCCUCGCAAAGCUUGGGCAACAAUCGCCUAGCCACAGGCUUUGUAAAACCUGGACCUGUACUUGUCCCUGAUACCCAAGUCGGGGAAAACGAUCCUACGAGCUCUUCCAAUGCUGUUUCAACUCCGGGUGCAUCAGCAGAUGAUGCCAUCGGAAUUUCAGAUGAUGAGGAAUCAUCCGAGGGUGGAGACGUGGUGAUCAAUGUUGACAGCGCUACACACGACGAAUAUUCUGAAGAGAUGGCCAUUGAUGCCGAAGAGGGAGAGAUUUCUGAGAACCAAGAGGGAGCUAGUGAACCUCACCCGGCUGCAAGAGAAACCACCAACACCCCAUCUCAUACCGGUCAAGACGCUCACAUGCAACUAGGGGCCGACCUCAACCACAUUGCCAACGCCAUUCCGAAUUCCCUUUCUAUCCCUGCAACACACGCCAACACUACAGGCUAUUCUGGCUUACGGUUGGCUGACUUGAGUCCAGAUGACUUGGAUCUCCAGCUGAAGUAUGCUCUGUUUGAUGUUGAUCGUGAUCAAAUUGAUCUCAGUCGUCCGGCCGUCUGCCUGGCCUGUCUGCGGGCGGAUCAUACUGAACAACUUUGUCCGGAGAAAACUUGUCAAUAUUGUGCAGCGGUUGGCCAGCAUUCCAGCAGACUCUGCCCCAAAAUUCGCCGAUGCGCAAAGUGCCGUGAAAGAGGACACACGGCUGAAUCAUGUACAGCUAAUCUCGGGGUGACCACUGUCCCCUGUGAUCUCUGUGGAUCAUUGAAGCAUUUAGAGGAUGCGUGUCCGCAUCGAUUUUUCCCUGCUGAACUCAAUGUCAAUAGUGGCCCAGUCAGGCUCUGGAUUUCUUGUUGCGUUUGUGCUAGCAAAUCCCAUCUUGUGGGUGAUUGCCCAAGUGCGGAUCGAGAUGCUGCUUUUAGAUGGUCAUUACAAUCAUUUGCACCUGGGCAGAUCACCAAUCUGACCCUCGAGCCCAGCACUCGGGAAAGGGAGAAGCGAGCUGAGAACCGUGGAAUGCGACCAGAAGGCCUGCGCAUAAGAGGACGGGCGGGUGUUCAUAAUGCCCGUCGUUCUCGUUACAGUCUUCGAUCAGACAGUGACAGUGAUGAGGAAUUCCUCAGGCCGCGAGUCCAGAAUCAUGACAGUGCAAAACGAGGUGGAUUCACUUUCCGCCAUGCCCACCGUAUGCCUAGUCCACCAAUUAACGGGUCAAGAUAUGAUCGUCCGGGCCGCACUGCGAACAACUGGUAUGCGACCGAUUCUUUUGGCCAUUACAGAUCUAGAUCUCGCUCUCCCCAGCUGGGAGGUGGUCAGAGAGCGGAGAGUGACGACUUCAGGAGGCGUUCUCGAUCACCACGAGGUUUCGAUGGUUAUAGGCCUGGCCGGAGACGAUCUCCUUCUCCACGACCUCGUGACGAUUAUCGACCAGCAUCUGGCAACACUCCCACUGCUUUCCGAGGUGGUGCUGGCUCUGCGUAUCUCAAGCAAGAUAUAACUAUUCAAUUACCUGUUAGACGAGGAUCAGACAAUCUCUCGAUUCAAAAUGCUUCUACGGAUUCUUCUGCACCCCCGCGUCCACAACAAUCCAACGCAACUUCAAAUCAAACGAAUUCAGCUGGGUCCAAGAAGAAAAAGUCCAAGAAGGGCAAGGCAAAUGCUAAUACAAAUCGAGCCGAGCAACAACAAUCUGCAGAUGCUACGAAGCCUGGCGGCGGCGAUUCUUCUUCACCUAGUAUCAACGGAACGCCAGCAGUUAUACUGACUGACGUCGCUCGGAUUCCGAAGGAGGUCCUCCAAGGUUACGUUUCACCGAUCAGCGACCAGCGAAAAUCGUUCCAUCUGGGACGUGACAGGAAGGUCGGCAGUCAUCAUCUACGAUAUUACAAAUUCAUCCGAGUGUGA